AUGAAAAAGAAGCGCAAGGCAGGCACACGUAGCAGAACAGCCCGCCAUACUCGAUGCGAUGAGACGAAGCCAGUAUGCAACAACUGUGCGCGCCUGAACCUUGAAUGCCAGCCUUCCGAGUUCAUCACACAGUCCUCGUGGAGCGCACCGUCCAAGCCGGCAGAGCUAACAACCGACUCCUGGGACCCUAGCACCAGCACCACCAGCAGCACCAGCACCAGCACCAGCACUAAUAACAACAACAACUUUGGGACGGCUUGGGCUUCCCUGCCGAAACCCACAUCCACCUGGGACCUCUUCAACGUCUGCAUGCCCGAUUUCAUUCUCGACGAGAAUGACCCACCAACCUCCGUGUCGUCCGGCCUGCUAUCUUCCUCAUCAUCCGCCCUCCCGUCUUCCUCCAGCUCCUCAACGCCCGCCCUUGCCCCCGGAACCCUGCAUCUGCCCCAUCAGCCGACUAUCCCGCUCACUGCUGAGAUAGCCCACCUCUUGGCCGUCUACCAGACUGGUGUUGCCACCUGGAUGGAUAUAUUCGACCACACCUGCGCCUACCAGCGGGAGGUCCCGCGCAGAUGCCUGAACUCCGAGCUCCUGAUGCGCAGUAUAUGCGCUUUCACCGCCAAGCACUUGAGCCUCCUGCCCUCCGGCCUCAUCUGGGCCUCUGCUGCUUCCGGCUACUACGGCGAUUCCCUGCGUCUGCUGAUCCGCCACUUCAAUAGCGACGACCCGCCUGACGAUGCCCUCACGGCCACUGUGCUGCUUAGCAGCUACGAGAUGAUUGCUGCACAGGGCCGCGAGCACCAGCGCCAUUUCUAUGGCGCCAUGGUCCUCAUUACCACCCGCGGCAUCAAUGCCCUCUCCCAGGGCAUGGAUCGAGCUAACUUCUGGGUCUAUAUCAGGCACGAGAUCACUGUCGCUCUGGUCAAUGAGACGCCAUUGCAGAUCAACCCAAGAGAAUGGAAUGCCAGUUGGUAUGAAGGCAUGGUCGAGGAGGAUGCUUUGGGCAACCACUUACUCUAUCUCGUCGGCAGGGCCAUCGACGUUGCUUACAGUCGCGCUCUGCCUGCAUCUACGAGCAGCGAGCGGCAUGCCAUCCAGGCUGAGGCGGCGAGAUGGUUCAAUGCCUUGCCGACAUCAUACCCGGGGGUUAGAUAUGGUGAGCCUGAUGUGCACGGCUUCAACAAGACAUAUUUCGCUAUCCCAGCUGCCGACCAGGUUCAGUAUCAUGCAAUGGAGAUUGCGAAUAUAGCGUUGUCAGACAUACCUCAGAGCGUACGGAGCUUCUCUGCCCAGCCGCUUUUUUUCGGGCUGACCACCCAAAAUCAUUUGUAG